UCUCCGUUGUUUUGACCAUGGAUCUCCUUAAAAGCCAAUCUCUCUGCUUGCUUUCAAAUUCAACCAUACAGGAUGAUAUUUUGAUGAAAAGGCUCCUCCUUACACAUGAUCCAGAUGGUCGUUGGCUGGAUUCUGAGACAAUGCUUCAUGCAGUGGGUAACAUCAUGUUUCAUGCUUCUUCGACACAAGGGAUUCCGGGUUUACAUUUUACCUCCAUUUCAAAGGAUGAUAUAUGCGAAAUUGAACUACUUGGUUGUACUGAACCAGUGGGAAGCAUUAUCAGAAAAGUUUCAUGCCUGAUAACGUCCAAAUGCUCUGUGGAAGGUGACAUCAAUUCAAAAACCAUGGGUUUGUUUGAUUUGUUAGAGAACUACAGAUGGGAUGCUAAAGUAGUUCUAGUUAUUGCUGCUUUUGCUGCAAAAUAUGGUGAAUUUUGUGGACUUGUGCAGUUAUACCAAUCCAAUGCAUUGGCGGUCUCAGUUACAAGGCUCAAGCAGCUACCCAUGGACCUAAGGUCACUGAAACCUCGAUUUAAGGCAUUGAGCUUGUUGGUUAAGACCAUGAUGGACGUGGCCAAGUGCAUCAUCAAGUUUGAGUCUCUCCCAAUUCUUUAUGCAAAGCAGGACAGCGACAUUCUCCAUGUAACAGAGUUUCAUAUUUACAUAGCUGUGUACUGGAUCACCAGAAGCAUUUUUACUUGCUUUUCUCAAGUCACGGAGUUCACAACCAAGAAACAUGAGCAAGUGUAUUCAGAUUCAACAAUACUUGCGGCUUGGGAGCUUUCAAGUUUGGCGUAUAGGUUAAGCAACAUAUACAAUGUUCUCAAAGGGGAGGUGGAUUUGUGUCACCAAGAAAUAGGUGGAAACUUGCAUAACAGGCUACUGAGUCUCACUGAUGAGAUCCAAAAUGAUAAUCAAGAAUUUCUCACUUUAUUAUUUCCAAUGAAGGACUACCUGCCACUAAAGGAUUGCUCAACACAAGAAAAAAUUGGUGUGUCUGAGCUUAAAAAAAAGAUUGUUGUGUUGCUGAUCUCAAAACCAGAGCAGCUCACACUGGAGCAAUCACUCUUGCUGGUUCAACAAACAUGUGAUCAUCCUUUGAAUGAGGAGUUGAGGGACAGCUAUAAGAUCAUCUGGAUCCCCCUUCCAUCUUCUGAUGGAUGGAUUGAUACUGAAGAAACCAGUUUUGAAAUUCUAUCAGAAUUCUUGCCUUGGUAUGCUAUUCGAAAGCCAAGGCUACUCAGUUCAGCAGUGGUGAAGUAUAUCAAAGAAGAAUGGAACUACAAGGAAGAGCCCCAAAUGGUAGUCCUAGAUUCAAAUGGCAAGGUUAUAAACUCUAAUGCAAUUGAUAUGAUCAAAAUAUGGGGACCUCGAGCUUAUCCCUUUUCAGCAUCGAAAGAGGCAGAGCUCUGGCAAGAUGAGAAUUUAACAAUGAAGCUACUGAUAGAUGAUAUAAACCCUUUGCUUGCUUAUUGGGUUAAAGAAGGCAAAGAUCUCUGCCUCUAUGGAAGUGACAACUUGGGGUGGAUUCGACAAUUCAAUGAUAAAAUAGAGGAGCUCAAACGACAAGGUCUGCAGCUGGAAACCAUAUAUGUUGGAACGAACCAGUCAGGUGAGCGUGUAAAAGAAAUAAUGAAAACACUUGCCACUGAAUAUAAUCCCGGCAAUUCACUUCUCUUCACGAAAUCACAAUUCUUUUGGCUUCGACUGGAGAGCAUGAGAAGGUCCAAAGUCAGACAGACAAGUUCUGAUCAAGUGCUAGCAGACCUGUCUGCAUUGCUAGACAUGAAUGAGAGAAAUGAAGGUUGGGUGAUGAUCGGCAGAGGGAGUUCAAGUGAUAUUAUAAGGCUUCAAGGAAGGCAGAUAAUGGAAUGCUUGGACAAAUAUGCAGAGUGGGGAGAUAAUGUGGAGACAUUGGGACUGGUGGAUGCGAUAAGGAAUUUCCUACAACCUCCAAGUGUCGAAGGGCCUUGUAGUCACUCUUACUUGGUUCAUUCCUCUCGAGCACAGAUUGAAGGAACUGUUGUUUGCGAUGUCUGCAAGCGUCCAAUGAAGAAGUAUGCUGUGUACGCGUGAAAACUGAAAGGAACUCUGAACGGGCCUGCCAUUUGUUGGAUUGAAAGUCAAUAUAUGCAUG